GUGCGCCAAAAGAAAAAAGUUGUAAACCUCCACGUCAAGCCAAAAAAAAAAAUGUCAAAUGGAAAAAUAAAUAAACAACGCCAACAAACCAAUCAAUCAACCCAAUCAACCCAACCCAACCCAACCAUAUAAGAACAGAUCAAUCCAAGUAGACAAUGGCAGACCAGACGUUGAGAGGAAGGCAAAUAACGAGCCUUGAACGAAUGCUUCAUUUGAAUAAAGAUGGGUCAGCUGAUUUAACGUUGGCUUCUAAGAAUGAAGAAAUCAUUUGGAAAGUGUUAAUCUUGGAUUCUAAAUCAAGAGCUGUAUUAUCAUCUGUAUUAAGAGUCAAUGACUUGUUGAGAUGUGGGAUAACAGUUCAUUCUUUGAUCAAUUCCAAACGUACAGAAUUACCUGAUGUCCCUGCUAUCUACUUUAUAGAACCAACUAUUGAUAAUAUUGUUCAAGUGAUUGAAGAUAUUGAUAAUGAUAAAUAUGAAAGUUUCUAUAUUAAUUUCAUAUCAUCGAUUAAUCGAGAAUUAUUAGAAGAUUUUGCUAAGAAAGUAUCGCUUUCCGGUAAAUCAAUUAAAAUAAAACAAGUAUUUGAUCAAUAUUUAGAUUUCAUCGUUACAGAACCAAAUUUAUUUUCAUUAGAUAUUCCUCAUACUUUCACUCAAUUUAAUAAAGUUGAUACUAGUGAAGAUACCAUUCAACAUAUAUCUCAUCAAAUCGCUGAUGGUUUAUUAUCAACCAUUAUAACUUUAAAUAAUGUACCUGUCAUAAGAGCUCAACAAGGAGGUCCAGCUGAAUUUGUUGCUCGUCAAUUGGAUGCUAAAUUAAGAGAUUAUCUAAGUAAUUCCAAAAAUUUAAUUACUCAAUCAAUUCAACAAAGACCAGUAUUGAUAUUAUUAGAUCGUAAUAUUGAUUUGGCUUCUAUGUUUUCUCAUUCUUGGAUUUAUCAAUGUAUGGUUAGUGAUGUAUUUAAAUUACAAAGAAAUACCAUUAAAAUUUAUAAAUAUAAUCCCAAUAAUAAUAAUAAGAAUAAUCAAGACAAUCAAUCACCAACAAGUAAAAAUUAUGAUGUCGAUCCAAAAGAUUUCUUUUGGAAUAAAUAUGCUCAAUUACCUUUCCCAGAUGUGGUUGAAAGUGCUGAUGUUGAAUUAAAUGCUUAUAAAAGUGAUGCUAAAGAUAUAACUAGUAAAACAGGUAUAACAUCCUUAAGUGACAUUGAUCUUAAUGCCGCUAACGAUACGGCUAAUAUACAACAAGCAGUGGAAAAAUUACCUGAAUUAACUGCCAGAAAAGCUACUUUAGAUAUGCAUAUGGAUAUUUUAGCAGCUUUAAUUAAUGAAUUACAAGCAAAGAAUUUAGAUAAAUUUUUUGAAAUUGAACAAAAUUCUCAUGAUCCAAAAAUUCAACGAGAAUUUAUUGAAUUACUUGAAUCAUCAGCUGAAAGAGAUAAUUCCAUUGAUAAAUUAAGAACAUUUUUAAUUUUAUCCUUAUUAGUUGAUUUACCUCAAGAUUUUAUUUUAAAAUCAAAACAAAUCUUAAUUGAAAAAUAUCCUGAUAUGAAUCUUAAUGCUUUAAAUUAUAUUUUAAAAUUUAAAGAAAUUACAAAAUUAAGUAAUAUAUCUUCAUUAAAUGAUACAUCAGUUAAUGCCAAUUAUAAUGCUGCCAGAUCAACCAAUACAACUGCAUUAUUAAGUGGAUUAUCAUCAAAAUUAUAUGGUUUAACUGAAGGUAGAAUUUCAGAAGGGUUAAGUACUAUUGCUACAAAGAUUAAAAAUUUUAUACCUGAAAAGAAACAAUUACCAGUUACAAAUGUAGUUGAAGCAAUUAUGGAUCCUAAUAAUGCAUCAUCAACAUCAGUUCAAUUAACUGAUGAUUAUUUAUAUUUUGAUCCUAAAUCAAGAGGAGGACAUUCAAAACCUCCUAGAAGACAAUCAUAUCAAGAAUCAUUAGUAUUUGUGGUUGGAGGUGGUAAUUAUUUAGAAUAUCAAAAUUUACAAGAAUGGGCUAAUAUUGAUGCUAAUAGGAAAGUAAUUUAUGGUAGUACUGAAAUAAUGGCUGCUAAUGAUUUCUUACAAGAAUGUAAUGAAUUAGGCAGUUAAUACAUAGUAGAUAAAUAAGUUUCUUUGCUAAAAAUACAUUG